UGUUUUUGCGAAUCGUACCAAAGUAUUAUAUUUUGGAAACAUGGCCGCGUCCUUAAGGACAUUAUGAAUAUUGAAGUUAUUUGUGUAUAUAAACAAUGGCAAAUAAAACUAAUAUCAUAAAAGAAUUAAGUGCUGAGGAAUGCAAUAUAUGCAAAAUCAUAAAUGAAGCCCCAAAGCAGCCCAAGAGGCCAUGGGACAAGAAGAGGAUUGCAGUGGUGGGGAUAUUUAGUUCAAUAGCGGUUGGAUCUGUAGCCCUCACUGUACCUUUUAUAGCACCAGCUUUCAGGAGGGUCUGCAUUCCUUAUGUACCAGCUACCACAACUCAGGUGGAGAAUGUAAUGGCAGCGUUGAAAGGCAGAUCUGGAUCUCUUUUGGACAUAGGCAGCGGAGAUGGCCGAGUGGUAAUUGAGGCAAGCAAGCACGGUUUCCAAGGUUACGGGGUGGAGCUCAAUCGCUGGCUUGUUCUGUGGUCACAGUACAGUUCCUGGAGACAGGGUGUCAACAGGUCAACACGCUUCUUCAAACAAGAUCUCUGGAAGACAGACAUGUCCAAGUAUGACAACAUUGUGGUGUUUGGUGUUGAUACACUGAUGGAUGGGUUGGAGAAAAAAUUUGAACAAGAAAUCAAGCCAGAAUCUAGGGUACUGGUUUCUAGAUUUCCAUUGCCCAAUUGGUCUCCAGUGAGUCAGACCGGAAGUGGUCUGGAUGCUGUCUGGGUUUACAUGCGUCCAGACAACCCAGGUUAUGAUCAGAGAAAGAUUUCAAAAGACACUGUGAAAAAGAACUAUGAACAAGAACGAUAUGAAUUUGAUAUUUUUAGUAAAAAGUUAUGACAUCCUUUUUUGUAAAUACUAGGUAUUUUAUGGAAUAAAAUUCAAAAGGACUGGUG